AGUAUAUACAAGCUGAACCACCCACCAACAAGUCUCUAUCUAGCCUGGUUGUACAGUUGCUGCAAUUUCAGGAGGAAGUUUUUGGCAAACAUGUCAGCAACGCACCGCUCACUAAACUGCCGAUCAAAUGUUUCCUAGAUUUCAAAGCAGGAGGCGCCCUGUGCCACAUACUUGCAGCUGCCUACAAAUUCAAGAGUGACCAGGGAUGGCGGCGUUACGAUUUCCAGAAUCCAUCACGCAUGGACCGCAACGUGGAAAUGUUCAUGACCAUUGAGAAGUCCUUGGUGCAGAACAAUUGCCUGUCUCGGCCUAACAUUUUUCUGUGCCCAGAAAUUGAGCCCAAACUGCUAGGGAAAUUAAAGGACAUUAUCAAGAGACACCAGGGGACGGUCACUGAGGAUAAGAGCAACGCCUCCCAUGUUGUGUAUCCUGUCCCGGGGAACCUAGAAGAAGAGGAAUGGGUACGACCAGUCAUGAAGAGGGAUAAGCAGGUUCUUCUGCACUGGGGAUACUAUCCUGACAG